CGGCAAGCUCCCCCGAUCCCGGACUCACUGAAGAGGAGAGUGGCCCUCACGGCGGGGUCUUGCACGGCCAAGCAUGAAGACACAUUGAAACAUCUUUGGAGGGUUUCAGCUACCGUUCGCAGCACAACGCAAUGGAUGCAGCGCAACAGGCUCAUCUUUGAAGGAGAACCAACAUCGGUAGAGCAAAGUUGCGUCGAGUUCCGGGUGACGGGAGUUCGUCAGUUGAAGGCAAUAGCAAGGAGGGACAAGAUGAGUCCACAAACGGUUGAACAAGGCAUGUUGAUGGAGGACUGUAUCGACAGUUUUCUAUUAAUCCUUGAACAACCAGGACAAGUACGGGUUAGCAGCAUGCAGAAUCGCCAUUAG